AUGGCGACCUCCACCACCUUAGACCGCUACAAACUGGUCUUUUUUGUCCCGCCCUCUGACCUGGAGCCCUGCAAGGAUGCCAUCUUUGCGGAAGGCGGAGGAUCAUUCCCUGGAGGCAAAUACACCAAAUGUUGUUUCCAAACCACUGGCAUGGGCCAGUUCCUACCCAAUGAAGGUGCAGACCCAGCGGUCGGGGCGGUCGGUGUUGUGGAACACUGCGAGGAGGUCAAGGUUGAGAUUAUGUGCCUGGGCCGAGAUAUUAUGCUGAAGGCAGUUGAUGCUUUGGUCUCGGCACAUCCGUAUGAGGAGGUUGCUUAUGAGGUUUAUCGCAUGGAGAAUGUGUAG